AUGGGGCUUAUGGCAUACAGAGCAGUGUUUGUGGGAGAAAAGUGUACGUACACGACAUAUGCAUUUGCGAAAUCGNGCCGGAGACACGAGGAAGACUUGUGCGAGUCUGGGAAGACUGUACUGCUGGAGCGGAAAUUGGAAGCUGACAAGCACGAUGGUGAGUGGGACCAAGGUGUUCGGUGCACGUCAUGGGAUCGGUUUUGGGGGGAAGGGUUCGUGGUCAAACGGCGCCGUUCCGAGGAGGACUCGACGCAGAAGUACGAGGUGACCCACGCGCCUUGGUGCAAGGAAGGAACCGCUGAAGACCCACUGUUCGUCUUGAGGAGGGAAGGCUUCCAUCUCAACAACGACAACCUCGUUUUUGUUUCGGCCCCUGUCGCUUGCUACAACGACGCCUUCAACUGCUUUGGCAUGGGAAACAAGCAUUCCGUAGGUAGCACAUACUUCGGUUGGCCGUGGAGGAGCCAGGCGGUGCAGAGACUGAGGCGACAGACGCACGUCGGAACCCUUGCUAGCACCGGAGCUUCUUGCCAAGGCGAGAUCGGUCUUCAGUGUGAGGUCCUUGGAUUGCUGCAGCGGGANGAUGGCAAAACACCGGAAGGGGCGGCUUGUUUUACAACGUCGUUGCCAAGCGACGAAAACCCAACCCCGAUGGUGUUUGUGCGGGGGGGUCUGCUCCUGUGGGUCGGGGACGGGCCAGGUCGGGCUAAAGUGCUCGGCUCCAAAGCAUGCAACAACUUCUCGAGGUUCCCGUGUCCGUACUGCAUGGUUGAGCAACGCGACAACAUUACCGGGGGGGACCUGGGAGAUGCCCAGUACGACAUCGAAGCAAAUCGACGUACCUGGGGCCAGAUCACGGCCGGGUUCGAUACGCUAAAGUCCCUCGCAGACAACCCCGUCGAGCAGUCUCGACAAUCGAUGGUACUGGGGCUUGUCACAGACUCCAACGGCCCCUCCCUGCCCAUGUACGACUCAAUGCUCACCGCCCCCACCGCUUGUCCCUGUGGAGCGGCUGCACUUCGAUGCUCUGGUGAGAGUUUUAUAUCAAAUGCGGAACGGACAAGGGUAGCGCAAUGUUUGCCGUGCCGGAAAAAGGUAACCUCGUUUAAAUNGUACUGCAUGGUUGAGCAACGCGACAACAUUACCGGGGGGGACCUGGGAGUUACCCAGUACGACAUCGAAGCAAAUCGACGUAUCUGGGGCCAGACCACGGCCGGGUUCGAUACGCUAAAGUCCCUCGCAGACAACCCCGUCGAGCACUCUCGACAAUCGAUGGUACUGGGGCUUGUCACAGACUCCAACGGCCCCUCCCUGCCCAUGUACGACUCAAUGCUCACCGCCCCCACCGCUUGUCCCUGUGGAGCGGCUGCACUUCGAUGCUCUGGUGAGAGUUUUAUAUCAAAUGCGGAACGGACAAGGGUAGCGCAAUGUUUGCCGUGCCGGAAAAAGGGGUCCUGCCAGCUGUGCCAAGUGUCCUGCCUCGAGAUGCUGUCAACUCAAGGUCGGCGGCUGGUCUCGGCGGUCGUGGCUCAGAACCCUUCUCUGCUAUACCCAGCUGGCACGGAGCGUCUCAAAGAUAUCGUGACCAACUACUCGUCUCUCACUGGGAGCGACAAGUGGACACUGCAGUCCAUCAUGCUGCUCGUCUUCCGACCGAUUCUUGCAAAUGUCGGAGCCAUGGUGAGGUUUUUCACAUUAGCGCCCGGAGGGGGGAGGAGACCUCUGCUUCGUGUUGAUCGUACCGUAUGAAUAGGAGAGUACAUAUAAGACAUGAUAGUUUCUGAUGGUCCGUCUUACGAAAAAGAUAGAGAUAAAUGUACAUGGCUGGGCUGGACGAAAUAGGAGGAAGGUACAGAGACAUGUUUGAGGCAUGGAAUUUAGCACGAGAGACGGUAGCUAUGCUGGGGCACAGGAAUGGGGCUGACAAGGCGGGAAGUGAUGUUGAUGGGAUUGUGAACCACAUUCGGCAAGUAAGC